AUGUUGAAACAAAUGAUUAUAAAAGAUAAAGUUCAGAGAAAUUUACUUAAAGAUUCGAGGUAUGAAGAUGAAAAAUUUUUUGUAAACCCUCAUGAUGGUGAUAAAGCAAAUGUAUUACAAGAAACUCGUGUAUUUUCAAGCUAUCCUUUAAAUAUCCAAAAAUGUUUAAAUAUAUUAACAAAAAUAUUAUACCUAAUUAAUAAAAAUGAAGCAAGCUUAACAUCACAAGAAUGUACUGAAAUUUUUUUUAGCAUUACAAAAUUAUUUCAAUCAAAUAAUGAAAGAUUAAGAAGGAUGGUAUAUCUAGUUAUUAAAAGUUUACCUGUUAGUGAAAAAGAAGUUUUUAUAGUUACAAGCUCAUUAACAAAGGAUAUGAAUUCUUCAAAUGAUUGUUAUAGAGCUAAUGCUAUUCGAGUUUUAAGUCAAACUAUUGAUUCAUUAUUAGCUGCACAAAUAGAAAGAUAUUUAAAAACAGCCAUUGUUGAUAAAAACCCAUUUGUUUCUUCAUCUGCUUUAUUAUGUGGUUUAAAUCUAUUUAUAAACACAUCUAGUGAUAUUGUAAAAAGAUGGAUUAACGAAGUUAGUGAAUGUAUAAACAGUAAACAUCCUAUGAUUCAAUUCCAUGCUUUAACAUUAUUAUGUUCCAUUAAAUAUAAUGAUAAAUUAGCUUUAGAAAAAAUUAUAAGUUCAUAUGGUAAACGCUCAUCAAACUUAACAGGUUCUUUAGCUAACUGCUUACUUAUCAAAUAUGCAGCACAUCUAAUAUAUCAUACACAAAUUGGAGGAGAUAUGUUAAAUGCAAAUAAUAAUUCCGUUCCUUACAAUAAUACUACACCAAAUAUUAACAACACAAAUAAUCAAACUAUACAUCCAACUACUAAAGUUUGUUUUGAUUUUCUUAAGUUAUGUUUAAAAAGUAAAGAUACAGUUGUUUUAUAUGAAGCUGUUAAAUCGAUUGUCGAAUUAGCUACCUAUGAUUUAGAAGGUCGUAAUACUACCACAAUUUUUAAUGUUGAAAUAUUAACAGAUUGCUUAAAAGUUUGUAAACUUUUCUUAUUGUCAACAAAAACAAUUGAAAAGUUUUGUAUAAUUAGAAAGAUAAAUAAAUUAUCACAUUAUAGACCUAUGAUUAUUUCAAAGUUAAAUGAAGAUAUAGAAACAUUGCUAACUGAUGAGAAUAAAAAUAUUUGUGUUUUAGCUUUUACUACUUUAUUAAAAACAGGAAGUGAACAAAAUAUUGAUGAGUUACUAAAUCAAAUUAAUACUUAUAUGAAUAGUGAUAAUAAUAGUUCAUUUAAAAUUCAAAUAAUACAAGAAGUAAAAAAUUUAUGUUUUAUAUAUCCAAAUAAAUCAAAAGUUAUCUUAAACUUUUUAUCAAAUAAUUUAAGAGAUGACGAAUCAUAUAAAUUUAAAUCAACUAUUAUAGAUACUAUCAUACUUAUAAUUACACAAAUACCUAAUUCAGAAGAAAAUGCCAUUUUACAAUUAUGUGAGUUUAUAGAAGAUUGUGAAUAUAAUUCUUUACUUUUACGAGUUAUAAGAUUUUUAUUAUUACAUAUACCUAAAACUAAAAAACCUUCAAAAUAUAUUAGAUAUAUUUAUAAUAGAUUAAUAUUAGAAAGCUCUACUAUACGAGCAGAUGGUAUGUAUGCUCUAUUUUACAUUGCUCUAAAAUGCCAAAAUAAUUCAAAAGAUAUUUUAUUCUUACUUAAGUGCUUACUAAUAGAUAGUGAUGAUGAGGUAAGGGACAGAACCAAUCUCUUUUAUCACAUGCUCAAGGAAAAAAUACAAAAACUCGAUGAGGAAGUUGGAAAAGUAGAAAAUGAACAGAAUGAGGAAGUAAAGAACAAACAAGAUCCCCUUGUAAAUCAAAUUAUUUUUGAUAACAACUACAUAGAUGUAGAAAAAAUAAUUGCUGGCAUUUCAACCCAUAUGCAAAAUCAUUUAGAGUCCGAAUUUGAUCAUGAACAAAUUAAAGAUGACGUAUUAUAUACAACCGAAUUAAGUAGAGAAGGAUUAGGGUCAUCCCAAAAUAUUUAUUUAAAAAAAAAAUCAUCCUAUUUUGAAAUGCAAAAUAAUGCAUCUAAUAUCCCCAAAUUUGUUGAACAUCUAACAGAUCAAUCAUAUAUCGAAAAUGUGUCACCACUUGUAGAAAAAUAUAAUAUGGGUUCAUUAAAAUUAAUAACAAAACAUACACCUUUAACAGAAACAGAAGCAGAAUAUACAGUUUUUGUAAAAAAAUACAUCUAUUUAAAUUAUAUUGUUCUUGGAUUUACUAUUAAUAAUACACUAAAUGAUCAAAUAUUAUCUGAUGUUAAUUUACAAAUUAAUUCUUAUGAAAAAAAAUGGACUAUCCUUGAAAAAACUACAAUAAAAAAUAUAUACUAUAAUCAACCACAAAAUCUAUAUAUUCUACUUAAAAAAAAUAUUCCCUUCAAUAUUUCACUUGAUUCUAAUGAUUCUACAUCAGAACCAAACAAUAAUAGCCAAACACAACCUGACCAAAUUCCACAAACAGAUGAAAAUGACGGAUUUGAUGUUAGUCAAUCAUUUCAAUGCUCCUUACAUUUCUAUGUUAAAGAAAAUGAAAUGGAUGAUGGAUACCCAGAUUCAUAUUCUAUUAAUAAUAUGAACAUCCAAAUAACUGAUUUUAUAAAUGCAUGUAUUUUAAGAAAUUCUGAAUUUAAAUUAUUAUGGGAUAAUAUGAGUCAAUAUAAUUCGGAAUGUACAAGUAAAUUUAGUUUAAACUUUGAAAACAUACAAGCAGCUGUUACAGGAUUAUUAAAUAAUUUAAAUAUGUCUCCUUGUGAUAAUACUAAUAUUGUAGAUCCAAAUUCAAAUACUCAUAAUAUGUUAUUAUAUGCUAGAUUUUUAAAUCAAACUAAUGUUUUAUGUAUGACAUCAUUAAUAAUUUCACAACAAUAUGGCUGCCUUUUGAAAAUUAUUUCAAGAUCUACAAAUAAACAUCUCUCAGAAUAUUUAAUAAAAUCGCUUGAAUAA